UGUAUUUUCUCCUUACUGUGGUCUCUCAAAUAAAUCAAACCCAUUCGUGAGAACUAAUCCUCCUAACUUUUUCUAUCAGGUAAUCACAUAGACUUGUUCUAUGCAAAUGGGAUAAUAAUUAUGAUUGUUUUGUUUCGAUAUACUAUUAUAUGAUUAUAUAUAGUUUACAUAGACAGAUUCUCGGGAAGCAAGCACAACAUCAAAUUGAAGAGUUUGGAUUAAUCUAUAUAUCGAAGAUCAACAACGGGUAAUAAUGGUGGUUCACGAAAACACUAGCACCACUAUUGAAGAUGUUUGGGUGGAGAAGAACAAGAAAGCACUCCAGUUCAUAGAGGAUGCGACGACAAAUGCCGGUGAAAUUCAGAAGAGUCUACUCUCUGAAAUACUGUCUCGUAAUGCUCAUGUCGAGUACUUGCGGAGACAUGGUUUAGAUGUCAACGGAACACAUAUAGAUCACCGUGAGACGACCUUUAAGAAAGUCAUCCCAGUCAUCACUUAUGAGGAUCUCAAGCCAGAUAUCCAACGUAUUGCUAAUGGUGAUACUUCACCGAUCCUCUGCUCACAGCCUAUUUCAGAGUUUUAUGUUAGCUCUGGUACUUCAUCAGGAAAUCCAAAAUUGAUGCUAACAACAGAAGAGCAAGCUGAACAGGUAUGGUUCUUCCGAAGCCUAGUGAUGCCUGUGAUGAAUCAACAUAUUCCCGGCUUAGACAAAGGCAAGGCUAUGUAUUUUACGUUUACAACUUCUAAAUGCUCCAAAACACCGGGAGGGUGGAUAGCUCGUCCGGCACUUGCCAGCCUCUUCAAGAGUUCACAGUUCAAGAAUUUACUUUCAUCAGGUGAUCCUUACUACAACUAUACUAGCCCUAUCGAAACUAUACUUUGCGAAGAUAAUUACCAAAGCAUGUAUUCACAAUUGCUUUGUGGGCUCUGUCAGAAUGACACUGUUGUUCGAGUUGGAACAGUUUUUUGCUACAGUUUCAUUUUAGUUAUAAGGUUCUUAGAAGAACACUGGACCCUUCUGUGCAACGAUAUUCGAACAGGAACCAUAGACAAGCGAAUUACUGAUCCAUUGGUUCGACAAGGGAUCAUAAGGGCAAUAGCACUUAAUCCAAACCCUGUAUUGGCAGACUUUAUCGAGAUGCAAUGUAGUAUGGAUAACUCAUCAUCGUGGAAAGGGAUUAUACCUAGGUUAUGGCCUAACACAAAGUGUAUAGAGACUAUAGUAAGUGGCAGCAUGUCCAAGUAUAUUCCAGCUCUUGAUUAUUACAGCAAUGGCCUGCCCAUUGUUUCUGCUAGGUAUGCUUCGACUGAGGGUCACUUUGGUUUAAAUUUGAAUCCUCUAUGCAAACCUAAUGAAAUAUCUUAUACCCUCAUCCCUACUAUGGCUUAUUUCGAGUUCUUGCCUCUGGAAAAUAAUGACAUAUCGGUAAACCAUAGUCCAAAUGGUGUCGGUGAUGAUCGUGGAGAAAAGCGGCAGCAAGAUACAGUUGUCCUCGCCGAUGUUAAGCUGGGACAAGAGUAUGAACUUGUUGUAACCACUAUUGCUGGGUUGUAUCGUUUCAGGGUUGGAGACGUGCUCCGCGUAACUGGAUUUAUGAACAAGGCUCCUCAAUUCAACUUUGUAUGCCGAAGAGGAGUAGUUUUGAGCAUUGAUGCUGAUAAAACAGAUGAAACCGAGCUGCAAAAUGCCAUUGAGAAUGCCAUCAUCAAGCAUCUCCUACCGUUGCAGGCAUCACUUGAAGACUACACUAGUUAUGCUGAUCCAUCAAUUAUUCCAGGCCACUACGUAUUAUACUGGGAGCUUCACUCUUUCGGAAAUAGCCAAGCAGUAGCCCCAAAUGGUAUCCCGUCGUCGGUGUUUGAAGAUUGUUGUAUCACAAUUGAAGAGUGCCUAAGCUCUGUGUAUCGUGCAUUCCGUGUUGCUGGAAAAAUAAGCUCUCUAGAGAUUAAAGUAGUCAAACAAGGAAGUUUUAGAAAGAUGAUGGAGCACGCCAAGAGUCAAGGUGCUUCAAUAAGCCAGUACAAGACUCCCGGAUGCUUGAAAUCUAUUGCCAUGGUUGAUCUAAUGAACUCUAUGGUUGUUACCAGUUACUUCAGUCCCAAAUGCCCAAGUUUUGUUUCUGGCCACAGUGUAAGCUCGGGGUAACUUAUAAAUUGUGUGAUCAUAAGCAGCUUAUCCGUCGGAAGUAAAACCCAAACAGAGAAGUUUAAUUUCAUUGUGAAUAAGUUUCAAGAGUUUUGUUUGCAGUCAAUUUUCAGUUUAUUGCUACUACUGGCUACUUUCGUAAACACCGGAGUAACUAGUCAUUUCAAGUUUCAAUAAUAUACUUUAUUUUAUUUUUCUUCUUUA